AUGUCCACCCUCCGCUACACAUACAACACCCUACUGUGGGCCCUACGGGCCCUAGCCUUCCUCCACUUCACACACGUCCACAUCUACGAAUACACAGAAACUCGAGGCGAGUCCAUGCUCAAUACCAUAGCUUCUCGUGGAGACUUUGUCCAUGAACUGAAGCGCUACCGUCUAGGACGUGGUGUACAGAUGGGCGACGUGGUGGUGAUGGCCAAACCCACAGAUCCAAAAGCUCGUGUUUGUAAGCGGGUUCUGGGGAUGCCAGGGGACGUUGUGCUUGUGGAUCCGUCUAAGUCUUCUGAAUUGGCGUAUCUGCCUGCGGACCAGGGUCCCGAGGGCCACGUGUGGGUGACAGGAGACAAUUUGAACUUAUCUGUGGAUCUGAGGACCUUGGGGUGUGUGCCAAUGGGGUUGAUCAAGGGCAAGAUCUUUGCGGUGAGUCUGAGCAGCCACGGGUUGAUGGGCGAGGAUGGACAGUCGUUUUUAAACCUGCGCUGGGUACAGAAUACCUUUGUGGACGAGUGA